AUGACCAUGGACCACAGCCGUGACCCGUGUCCAUGGGUGUGUCUGAACGAUUUUGGUGGAGCCUUUUCUAUGGGUGCCAUUGGGGGCUCCAUCUGGCACGGGAUCAAAGGCUUUCGUAACGCCCCUUAUGGCGAACGGCGUAUCAAUGCAAUCGCCUCGAUCAAAGCACGCGCUCCUGUACUGGGCGGUAAUUUUGGUGUUUGGGGAGGACUGUUCUCUUCCUUCGAUUGUGCUGUCAGAGGACUGAGGUACGCAUUGCGAGGAACCGACGAACUUUGCUCAUCUCGGCGUCCAGUACUAAGUCGGCAUAGAAAAAAAGAAGACCCUUGGAAUGCCAUCAUUGGCGGCUUCCUGACCGGCGGAGCACUUGCUAUGCGUGGUGGCGCAAGAGCCGCACGUAAUAAUGCCAUCGGCUGCGCUGUUCUACUUGCAGUCAUCGAAGGGGUUGGCAUUGUAUUGGGGCACCAAGCUGUCCAACUGGCUACAUUUUCCACGACAACACAAAAAGAUCGCAAUCCUGGUCUGGACCACGAAAACGCCAAUUCGAAGAACAAUGCUCCUGGCAUCGAAAGAGGAGAACGCAAAAAGCCCAAGUGGCAAGUAGUCGUAGAACCUACAUGCUUGCCAGCAUGUGGAACACUAGGACGAUCCCGAGCAUCAUUCACAUCAGUAUCGCCACGAAUUCACAACAGAAAGCUCCGAUCGAUGAGUUCUCAGUGUUUGAUGACAACCGAAUUCCCACGUUCUGCCGUCCUACCGUAUGGUCACAAGUCAAACAAGUCUUCGUUUUCGUAUGUUUCGGCGCUUGCAAGACUCGAAUUUCACCAUGAGACGGGUCUGCCGGCUCACUUUUGCAUCAUCUUGUUUCCUCUUAUGAUCUUUACUCUGGCGACGUCGUUUGAUUGGAACAUGACUAUCAUGCUCGUUUGUGCAGCUUCGCGCAAGUACAAGCUCUUUUCCAACACCAACAAAUCCUCCGCUACUCAGUUACUCUACCAAUUUGUUCCUUCACUUUUUUCCCUCACCAUCCAGAUUGACUCUUCGCUUUCUUCCUCGCUAUACAAUCCUGAAACCCGGCUACCAAUCUCUAUUACAGCAUUCAACCUCUUCGGCAAGAUGGAUUCCACAGCAAUCCAUCUCUUCCAUAAGAUAGAAUCUACCGUGGAUCCCUCUUCUGUAGCACCCGACUUCAUGCCACCCGAGACCAUGGCGCCGAGCAUAACUGAAAUGAUUUGUUACGGUGGGGACUAUUCGCUUCGUACCUUUGAGCUAUGUGGUGUCGAGGACUCAUUCUGGGGCUAUCGUCCCAGUCAUAGUGCCAAUAUCGCCUUUGCCGUCCUGUUUGGUGUCUCCAUGCUUGUAUUCCUGGCCCAGGGUAUCAUGAACAAGAAAUGGUGGGGCUUCACUUUUGCCAUGGUGGUCGGCUGCGCUUUAGAGGUGGCGGGCUAUAUCGGGCGCGCAAAGGCCUACGACUUGCUGUGGGACGAGGACUUCUUUCUCAUCCAAAUUGUGUGCCUCACCGUCGCCCCUGCCUUCCUGGCAGCGGGCAUCUACCUCUGUCUUUCACGCAUCGUCACCACCUACGGAUCGGAAAACUCGCGCAUUAAACCUCGGUCGUACCCUCUAAUAUUCAUCCUGUGCGAUGUGGUAUCUCUCAUCCUACAAGCUACUGGCGGCGGCAUGGCGAGUGUAGCAAGUCACGAGAAUCGCCAUCCCGAUACCGGAAACCACAUCAUGAUUGCCGGUCUCGCAUUCCAGAUCUUCACCCUCCUCAUAUUCAUGCUGCUUGCCCUGGACUUUGCAGUUCGUACCUACCGCCGCAUUUCGAAGGUUGGCGCACAUACUGCACUCGACCAGCACCACGCUGAGCUUCGGGGAUCAUGGGUCUUUAAAGGCUUCCUCAUCGCAUUGAUCAUCUCAACGCUCUGUGUCUUCACACGAUGUGUCUAUCGUGUUGCGGAGUUGAGUGAGGGCUGGACAGGGCAUCUGAUGCUAACCCAAAAAUACUUUGUCGGGCUUGAGGGCGCUAUCAUCGUCGCAGCGGUGCUGCUUCUGAACAUGUUCCAUCCGGGCUUGUGCUUCAAGGAGGCGCCAAAGAGCCGGGCUACACAUGAAAUUGGCAGGUCUUGGUAUGGCAAGAAGGUUUCGAGAGUUGCAGACAGUCGUGAUGUUCACGAAGAGCACAUGGCGGAGAGAGUAAUGGAGUUUGAGACUACAAACAUUCGUGUGGGUAGCCAGAGAUGCAGCACAGUCUCUAUCAGGUCAUGUCCCAAACCGCUCUUCCUCUUAGACUAUGUGACAAUCGAGAUCGCAAAGAGUCUCUUUCUUGAGCACGCUGGGCCAUCUUUUGUGAUUUUUCUAUCAUCAAUCACCAAAAACCUGCCCGAGGCGCUAUAUAUCUCUGUGCUUGUUCUUCACCCACUCAAACACUCUCUCGCUCGACAUAUUGAUAAGACUUGCAACUAUAGCCAUACGCCCCACGACAGAAUCACUAUCAUGAAUCAAGCAGAAGAUGUAGAGGUCACACUCGGCCGCAACCGUCGCUACAAGUUCCACUCUGGCACACUGGCGCGCAACUCUACCCUGCUCGCAAAUAUGCUCACUGAGCAGAAUGCUGCCAAACUGAGCAUCCGCGCAAAGAACGCCGGGGUCAAUGUUCGCUGGCUGAUCGAACUCACCCGUCUACCUGAUGCCCAAUUUCCCGCCGGCCGCCUCGCUCUCGUUGAACUCACCCAAAACGGGGACCGCGCCGAUGGCCGCAACGGCUUGAUUGUCAACGAAAAUGGACGAAUCCCCAAACACGACAAGGCCAUUGCAGCGUAUGAAGCCGUCCUCUACGCCUUCUACAACAAUGAAAUCACCAUUGACGACAGCGAAAUGUCGACUGCGCUGCAGGAUUGCUACCAGUUACUCCAGAUUUCUGAUUACCUGGGCUGCACGCGUCUCAUCAGCAAGCCGAUUGAAGUGGCCCUCAUGAAGCAUGGACAGGACCUCUUUCGCUCAAUCCAGGGCAAGCCACAUGCCUGGAUCGACAUGGCGUGUCGCAUCAAGUCUGAGCUUAUCUUCCGCGAGUGCAUAAUCCAUCUCGUUGGCAACUGGAAGGUCUUGCAGCUCGACCGCACUGUCAAGGACCGUCUUCGCGAUAACCCAGGCCUCAGGGGCAUCAUCGACAAGUACCACCGCGGUCUGGUGAUUCAGUGUCGCAAGCUCGAGCUGGCUGUUACCACGCAUUACCCUGGGAAACUCGCGCAUCCUGUCGAAGACUUGCCAAUCAAGCGCGAAGCCUACGCAAAGGAUAUCCUCGUGUGGAUGGCGCUUUCAUUCUACCGGCAUUGGGUCGGUCAGCGCCUCAUUACCGAGCAAGGCCGUUUGGCCAAGGACUGUGGGUUUUCGCUAUACAAGGCGCUGGGUGAGGCGGGUGAAGCCUACAUGGAUAAAUCCGUCAUCAAUCAGUUCCACACAAAGUUCCCCAUGACGAAGAAGGCGCUCAAUGUGCUGGAGAACCAUCUCUUCGAGAUCAAGGAAUGCGUCAAGGAGGUUGUUGAAGCCCAUGGUAUUCUCAAGACAAUGUGCCAGUUGGAUGUCCAUCGCUUCCCGGUCGAGUAUCUGACCUGUACCGUGUUUCAGCGCGAGGAUUUCCCGUGGACGAAGAAGGCGGCUGUGCCGGUGGAGGCGAAGGAGAGGGAGUUUCAGCGCGGGGGGAAUGACAUCGCGAGGCAGAAUUUGGAUACCACGAGGAUGCACUUGGAGAGGAGUAUCAGUGUUCAGGGUGAGUAUCAGGAGGACGCGGAGGAUGAGGCGGAGCAGUAUGAAAAGGUUGCUGAUGAGGAGGUGGAGGCUGGGCCUAGUACGAAGAGAACGAGAUACUGA